AUGGAUAUCAAAGAAGAAAACAUAAUGGAGGAAGAAGAAUUUAGUUUGGAGUGGGAAGAUAACAAGCAAAAUAUAGUAACCACCGAAGAAGUUAUUUGUGGACUAGACAAUGUUCAAAAUGAAUCCUAUGAAAACUUGACAGAAGAAAUCAUUGCCGACACAGAUCAAAUGGCUGCUGAGAAUUUGAUGUACCUGUCACAAGAUGUUGUUAGUUACACUGAUAGUGCUGAACUGAAUGUUGAUCCGAGUGUUGAAUGUGUGACCGAGGAAGUCAUCACUGAUGACUGGGUCAUAACAGGAGGACAGGAAAGAGUUGAAGUCCCUUUAGAACACUUAGCAAAUCCAGUGCAGAAUGUGAAAAUUGAAAAUGACAUAGAUGUACCAUUACCAACUGACCAAGAUGAAUACACAGCUAUGCGACCAUGGCCUUGCGAUUUCUGCUCUCGUCGUUUCCGUAAGAAGGCAGCUCUCAUGAACCACAUGGUCGCCCAUCAGAAUGACCGACCUCAUUCAUGCAACCUGUGUGGUGUGCGGUACGUCAGGAAGUGUGACUUGAUGAACCAUCUUAAAGUACACGCCUUUGUACCUGAUAACACCGAUCAUAUGAACUUCGAUAAUGUAUUAAGUAGCAACCAAGUUAUUAAAAUAAAGAAGAAGAGGGGACGCCGAAAAAAAAAACCCGAACCAGUUGAAGAGAACGGUGUAUGGGAGAACAUGACGUCAGCUCGUACACAGCAGUGGUCGCGGCGGGCUCGCUCCCCGCAGGCGCCGGCCGCCCCCCCGCUCGCGCCGCUCUCCCCUCAGACCCCCUCCCCGCAGUCGGAGCCCUCCCCUCCCCCCUCUCCGUCGCCCCCCACCCCACCGCCCGCGGACCCCUCGAGGCCGUUCGUCUGUAGACACUGCGGUGUCGGUUUUGCUAGGGAGAAGGCACUGCAAUCGCAUUCAAGGGUCCACGGUGGUGAUUCUCCCGUGGAGUGUGGUGAGUGUGGCGAGUUGUGUUGGUCGCGGGAGGCGCUCCGGUCUCAUACUACUUCAAGACAUCCUCACCUGCCUCAUGUCACACGGGCGCCGCCGGUCAAUCAACUAUACGAUGAUUCCAACUCCGGUGUUGAUAUGGACUUCCGUCUAUCACCGCUGCAGAGUGACAGCGACCGUGAGCGAGAGGUGACGAGGGACAGGGCGGAUGUUAGAGGACCGGAGCUGUUCUGUGGAGACUGUGGCGUGGCCUUCCAGCGAGCUGACCUACUACGGAGACACGUGGCCGCCGCGCAUAGUUACAAACGUCAUGACAGUACGAGCAGCACGUGGGAGCAGGAGCACACGUGUGAGGUGUGUGGGGAGAGCUGCACGGACGCGCUGCAGCUACUGGCGCACGCUGAGAGACACGCCGAGAGGCCGAGGAACAACAGAGUCAAAAGGAUGGCUCGAGGAAGGAGUAACGCGUCAAGUAAUUCAAGACAGUUUCCGUGUAGAGAGUGUGGGAAGGUGUUUGGAUCACGUAGUUCCCAGCAAAUCCAUGUUCGCAUACACACAGGAGAAAGACCGUACGCCUGUCGCUUCUGUUGGAAAGCUUUCGCAGACGGCGGGACUUUACGGAAACAUGAACGAAUACACACUGGUGAAAAGCCUUACGCUUGCGCGGUUUGUCCACGUGCGUUCAAUCAACGUGUCGUACUUCGUGAGCAUGUGCGGUCACAUCACUCCGCGCCUGACAGACGAGCUCAUGGUGGCUACCAAUAUUGUUGCGUCGUGUGUGGCAAACCUUUACAUUCGAGUGCCGAACUUGUUCAACAUCUUAUACAACAUUGUGAUGAAAACACUGCUAUGAAAAGGCAGCCCCAGAAUGGGCCGCGUAAAUACAAACGGCGGCGGAAAUUAAAGGUAGAGGAUUCACCGCCUAGUCGCAAUUGGCGGGAUACGCCUCCUUCAAGGUCGCCGUCACCUGAGGGCUCGCCUUCAAACUCACCGACGCCGUCACGUGGUAGGGCUCCGACGACUAGGGCUCCACGAGUACCGCUGCCGGUCGCCCCACGACGGAGAAGAAGACGGGCGCCGCCUCCGCCCCGACCUAGGAUGAUACACACGGAGGAGCCGCGACCACGGACCAAACAGAUUCGUAGUAGAAGACCUCCCCGUCACCCCGCAGACGACUUGCGUGCUAUCGGCGCUCACUCCCCGUCCCCCGCCCCGGCGACCUCUCCCCCCGCGUCCCCUCUCUCACACAUGAACACCAGCGACGGUCCCUUCAAGUGUGAAAUGUGCUCCGAAGAGUUCCCGCGCCGCGAUGCCUUACUACUACACGUGCCUAUACACAUUUGA